GCCUAGCCGGCGCACAGAGCAUCGCCGGGUGACAAAUGGUGCGCACCCAGUAGAUGGUCAAGGAAAACAACUGCAGAUUCGCGCAAUUUUUAUUAAUAUACACAUUAAUUUUUUGCGCCUUCACUGAGCUUAGAAUUUUUUGUUGGGGGGUUACAUGCUGGUAUAUGAAUAGCUAAGUUUUGAUUGUGCUCGUUAGUAGCCUUCCUUUAGGAAUAUCUCCGAUGUAUUUUUAGCCAGGCAGCUAAGAUUAGCAGCUAAACAUUAGCGCAGCCGGUAUCGGACGGGUUGUUUUUAGCUACAAAUUAAAGCUUUGUGCCGACGGGAGUCAAACCCCACGGCCAGCAACGCACGGCGGGUUAUAUGCCGUGUUUCCCCGCCGGUGUCACGUCCUGAAGCCGGGUUAGUGGGCGUUUUCAGCCAUUAGCUCCUAAGCUAGCGGCUCCAUGUGAGGCAGAGGGGGACAUUUCGCAACCGAGGAAAUCUGAUGUGACAGCAAGGGGCGAAGAUCGGAUCUCUGCCAGAGCAGGUGAAGUCAUGCCUGACGCGCGUUUUGUGUUGCUCAAGAGACUCCCGGCGCUGUUAUAACAGCGGCCAGCGGGUUCCGACACAGCAUCGGUGAGGGAUUCCAGCCUGCCGGCAACAAUGCCCGGCAUGGUGGUGUUCGGGAGGCGCUGGGGGAUCGCCAGCGAUGAUCUCGUCUUCCCCGGCUCCUUUGAGUUGCUCCUCCGCGUCGUCUGGUGGAUCGGCACCGUGGUGUUGUUCGCCCAUCAUAAGGGCCACUUUGGGUGCAGCGGGGGAGGAGUUCUGCACAGCUACCUGGUGGGGCUGCUGGCCGUGCUGGGGCUCAUCAUCCUGUCGCUGUGCGCCAUUGUCUAUGUCAGUGCCCAAGGCACCAUCGUUAAUCCGGGCAGGCGGCGCGCCAUGCCUGCCCUCGUGUACCUGCGAGCUCUGCUCUACGUCCCAGAGCUGGUCUGGGCCUGCCUGGGAGCCGUCUGGGUGUCCUCCGACAGCCGGGGCUGUGAUCCGGCCACCGUGGGCGCCGUCAUCACCGCUGUUGUUACCAGCUGGGUCAUCCUGAUGUUCACGGGGCUGGGUGUGGUUUUCGUCUUCGACCCGAUGGGCAGCCCGCGCCCUCAGCCCGGCCCCGUGGAGCCGCUGGGCGUGCGGGACAUGGAGAGCGGCGGGGGCACCCAGUUCCUGUCCACGGCUCGCUCUCUGGCCACCAGGGUGUGGGAGUGCAGGCUGCGGCUGCUGUGCUGCUGCCUGCCGCAGGACGAGAGCCACCGAGCGGCUUUCUCCAGCAUCUCGCAGCUCUUCAGCGACUUCUUUUCCGACACAGACCUGGUUCCCAGUGACGUAGCCGCCGGGUUGGCCCUGCUGCACCAGGAGCAGGAUAAGAUGGAGCGCAGCAGGGACCCGGAAGACGUCGUCAGCCACAGCCCUUCCUCUCCGAUCGAGCAAGAUCUGCAGACGGAGCUGGAGAAGGCGGCCCACUGCAUGCAGUUUGCUGCCGCGGCGUACGGCUGGCCUCUGUACGUCUACUCCAACCUCUUCACUGCGCCCUGCAAGCUCAGCGGAGACUGCUGCAGGUCGCGCGCCGCCGAGUACGACAUCGUAGGGGGGGACCACCUCGGCUGCCACUUCUCCUCCAUCCUGCAAACCACCGGUCUGCAGUACAGGGAUUUCAUUUACGUCAGCUUCCACAACCAGAUCUACGAGAUCCCGUUCUUUGUGGCGUUGGAUCACAAGAGGGAAGCCGUUCUGGUUGCUGUCAGAGGAACGCUUUCACUAAAG